CUUCGUCAGCAUACACCCCCAGGACAACACCGCCAACGCGAUCCCCGUCAUCGCUUAUCUACUGAGCAGCUCGGUCACCUUGACUUGUAUGCUCUUUUCAGAAUCCACCAGAUCAGACUACAUCUCCGAUCACGUUUGGAAGACCCAGGGAUCAGGUUAAAGCCUUUUCAGUCGUCUAAACCCUAACUGCACCUUAUGUUUACCAAUCUCUCGAGGGCUUCGGCUCCCGCUGUCAAGGCUCUUGGCCGCUCCUUGGCCAGGUCAUCCUGCUUUUCUUCCACUCGUUUGAUCCGUCCGACGAUCUUGAAGACCGGCUCCCUCCUUGCCCAAUUCUCUACUUCUCGCUCUGCCCUCGAGGCAAGCGGUAACACUCUCAAUGAUUACAUGAAAAGCGACAUCGUCAAGGGCGAAGGAGCCAAGGUCGAUGUCAAGAAGGUCGUGAUCGUCGGAUCCGGAGGUCUCUCCAUCGGACAAGCCGGAGAAUUUGAUUACUCCGGUGCUCAGGCCAUCAAGGCCAUGAAGGAGUCCAACGUCCACACCAUCCUUAUCAACCCUAACAUUGCUACCAUCCAGACUUCUCACUACCUCGCCGAUGAGGUCUACUUCCUUCCCCUCACUCCCGAGUACCUUAUCAACAUCCUCGAGCGCGAGCGCCCCGAUGGUGUCCUGCUCACUUUCGGAGGUCAGACCGCCUUGAACUUGGGCGUCAAGCUCGACAAGAUGGGUGUCUUUGACCGUUUGGGCGUAAAGGUCCUCGGUACGCCCAUCAAGACCUUGGAGACUUCCGAGGAUCGUGACUUGUUUGCUGAGGCUCUCAAGGAGAUCGACAUCCCCAUUGCUGAGUCCGUUGCUGUCGGCACUGUCGAUGAUGCGCUCGCUGCUGCUGAGAACGUUGGUUACCCCGUCAUCAUCCGUUCUGCUUACUCCUUGGGAGGAUUGGGAUCUGGAUUCGCCGACAACAAGGAGGAACUCGAGGCCAUGGCCGCCCGUUCCCUUUCUCUUACUCCCCAGAUCCUUGUCGAGAAGUCUUUGAAGGGCUGGAAGGAGGUCGAGUACGAGGUUGUUCGUGAUUCUGCCAACAAUUGUAUCACUGUUUGCAACAUGGAGAACUUCGAUCCCCUCGGUAUCCACACCGGUGAUUCGAUCGUUGUUGCGCCCUCCCAGACCCUCAGUGAUGAGGAGUACCACAUGCUCCGUUCUGCGGCCAUCAAGAUCAUCAGACAUUUGGGUGUCGUUGGUGAGUGUAACGUUCAGUACGCCCUCCACCCCAGCGGUCUUGACUACCGUGUCAUUGAGGUCAACGCUCGUCUCUCUCGUUCGUCUGCAUUGGCUUCUAAGGCUACCGGUUACCCUCUUGCCUACACGGCUGCUAAGAUCGCUCUCGGCCAUACUCUCCCUGAGCUUCCCAACGCUGUCACCAAGACCACUACCGCUAACUUCGAGCCCUCCCUGGAUUACAUCGUUACUAAGAUUCCUAGAUGGGAUUUGAGGAAGUUCCAGCAUGUUCAGCGCGACAUUGGAUCUGCCAUGAAGUCCGUCGGUGAGGUCAUGGCUAUCGGCCGUACCUUCGAAGAGUCUUUCCAGAAAGCUAUUCGUCAGGUUGACCCCUCUUUCCUUGGUUUCGAGGGAAUUAAGUUCGAUGACCUUGACAACGCUUUGAGCGUGCCUACCGACCGUCGUCUCUGGGCUGUUGGUCAGGCUUUGCUUAAUGAGAACUACUCCGUUGAUCAGAUCCACGAGCUUACCAAGAUCGACAAGUGGUUCUUGUACAAGCUCGAGAACAUCUACAAUGUUCAGAAGGAGAUCAAGGCCGCCGGUUCCCUUGAGGGCUUGACUGCUGAGCUUAUUACCAAGGCUAAGAAGCACGGUUUCUCCGACAAGCAGGUCGCCAAGUUCGUCGGUUCUACCGAGGCGGAGGUUCGUGCCAAGCGUAAGUCCUUCGGUGUCACGCCCUUUGUUAAGAGGAUUGAUACCCUUGCGGCUGAGUUCCCUGCCAACACCAACUACUUGUACACCACUUACAACGCUUCCACCAACGAUGUUGAGUUCAACGAGAACGGUACCAUGGUUUUGGGAUCUGGUGUUUACCGUAUUGGAUCUUCCGUCGAAUUCGAUUGGUGCGGUGUUUCCGCUACUCGUGCCCUCCGUGAGGUCGGUAAGAAGACCAUCAUGGUCAACUACAACCCCGAGACUGUCUCCACUGACUUCGAUGAGUGCGAUCGUUUGUACUUUGAGGAGCUCAGCUACGAGCGUGUUAUGGACAUUUACGAGAUGGAGAACGCCCAGGGUGUCGUCGUCAGUGUUGGUGGACAGCUUCCUCAGAACAUUGCUCUUAAGCUCCAGGAUAACGGAGCUAAGGUUCUCGGAACUGACCCUAAGAUGAUUGACGCGGCUGAGGACCGUUACAAGUUCUCUCAGAUUCUUGACAAGAUCGGCGUUGAUCAGCCCGCCUGGAAGGAGUUGUCUAGCGUCGAUGCCGCCAAGGACUUCGCUGACUCAGUCGGUUACCCUGUUCUCGUUCGUCCCUCUUAUGUCUUGUCUGGUGCAGCUAUGAACGUCUGUUACGACGAGGCUAAGCUCGAGCAGACCCUCACUAACGCUGCUUCCGUUUCCCCUGACCACCCCGUUGUUAUCACCAAGUUCAUCUCUGGUGCUCGUGAAAUCGAUGUUGAUGCUGUUGCUUCCAGCGGUAAGCUCUUGAUCCACGCUGUUUCUGAGCACGUCGAGAACGCUGGUGUUCACUCCGGUGACGCUACUCUCAUUCUCCCCCCUAUCGGUCUCGAGAAGGAGGUUAUUGAGCGUUGCAAGGAGAUCGCUGUUAAGGUCGCUAAGGCCUGGGAGAUCACUGGUCCUUUCAACAUGCAGAUCAUCAAGGCCGACAAUGAGGAGACUGGUGUCCCUGACUUGAAGGUCAUCGAGUGUAACCUUCGUGCUUCUCGUUCGUUCCCCUUCGUCUCCAAGGUCCUCGGUACCAACUUCAUUGACGUCGCUGUCCGUGCCCUCGUGGGUCGUGAUGUUCCUGAGCCCGUCGACCCUAUGGUCGAGCAGCGUGACUACGUUGCCAUCAAGGUUCCUCAGUUCUCCUGGACUCGUCUUGCUGGUGCCGAUCCUUUCCUCGGUGUUGAGAUGGCUUCUACCGGUGAGGUUGCUUGUUUCGGUAAAGAUGCUAAGGAGGCCUACUGGACCGCUCUUCAGUCUACUCAGAACUUCGUCGUCCCCAAGCCUGGCCGCGGUAUCUUGCUCGGUGGUGACAUCAACAAGCCUGAGUUGGCUAAGGUCACUGAGAUUUUGGCACCUAUGGGUUACAAGCUGUACUGUGUUUCCGACGCUGUUGAGGAGCACUUGAACAAGGUCUUGGCUGGCAAGGGUGAGCUUACCAAGAUUGAGUUCCCCAAGAAGGACAAGCGUGCCCUUCGUGCUGUCUUCCAGAAGUACGAGAUUGACUCCGUCAUCAACCUUGCUCACUCUCGUGCUGCUGACUUGCUCGACGCUGACUACAUCAUGAGGAGGAAUGCUGUUGAUUUCAACAUCACCCUUGUUAACGAUGCUAAGUGUGCUGUUUUGUUCGCUGAGGCCUUGCAGGCUAAGAUCCCUACUUUGAAGGAGGGUGAAAUGCCUUCUGAGGUCAAGAGGUGGAGCGAGUGGGUCGGUGGAAAGGCCCUCUAA